CAAAUCACUUCUGUCCUUAUGUAACAGUCUGUGGCCCAGACCCAGGCAAGUAGUAAAUAUUUACCUUCACGCUGGAGCCAAGAUCGCUGCGGGGAGUCCCACGAAGCACCACUGCCCUCUAAGACCUUGGAAAGGGAAACAGCAGAAGGUGUGGGUGCGGGUGCUGGAGCUCCGCUGGGUCACACGGCCAGCACCCGAGUGGGAACUCAGAGCUGAAGCCUGGGUUCUCACUGCAGCUGGAUAACAGCUCUGCCCGGAUGGCCCUCGUCUUCCUGUACGGCACCUUGAAGCGGGGUCAGCCCAACCACAGGGUCCUGUGGGACGGCGCCCACGGCUCCGCAGCCUUUCGGGCGCGCGGCCGCACGCUGGACCCCUACCCGCUGGUGAUCGCGGGGGAGCACAACAUCCCGUGGCUGCUGCACCUGCCUGGCUCGGGGCGCCGCGUGGAGGGUGAGGUCUACACGGUAGAUGAGCGGAUGCUGCGCUUCCUGGACGACUUCGAGAGUUGCCCAGCCCUGUACCAGCGCACGGCGUUGCAGGUACAGCUGCUGGAGGAGGGGGCCCCGGGCGCGGAGGAGCCGCCGGCGCCCACUACGGUGCAGUGCUUCGUGUACAGCAGGGCCACCUUCCCGCCGGAGUGGGCCCAGCUUCCGCACUACGACAGCUACGACUCCGAGGGGCCGCACGGGCUGCGCUACAACCCCAGGGAGAACAGAUGAGGGGGGCAGGCAGGGUGGGCCUACGCCUGAGAGCCCUGGGGCUCCAAGAUGUGCCCAGCCCAUGGUGGGUGAAGGCCGAAGCAGAACAGGGCCUUUUCCAAGGAAUCAGCGGGAGAAGGAACCAAUCUUUCAGUGGCAGCUGAUUUUACAAAUAAUGUUGACACACAAAUAGCAAGGUGGUUCCCUCCCAUCUUUCCACCUGGUAGGAAAAAUUCAGGAUUUUAAUACCCCUAAAUGACAUUUAGAGAACUCAUGUUAUGCCUAAUUCUUCUGCUUUUCUUCCUUGUGUUUUUUGUUUGCUCAGCUUUGAGCUCAAGAUAAUAUUUAGGAUCAAUGUAAAGACUUGGUGUUGCAGCUAGAUUUUAGCAGCCCUAUUACACUGAUUCUGGCCUGUAGCCCCUGAGAAAGCUGAUUUCACACGGCUGGGUAGAAUUUGUAAAGAAGGUCCACAGGGCAAGCAUGCUGUAUAUCAGAGUGCGUACAGCACCAUUCUUCAUAAUUUUCAGAUCAAGCUUCAUAGCAGAUAUUAAAGAUUAUUUAAAUUUGAAGUUGAUGUUUUGGGAAAUCAAA